UCUUCUUAGAUGAUGAGUACCAAUGGAAGGGGCCCUUCUACUUCAUCCAAGGAGCAGAUCCUCAGUUUGGACUGAUGAAAGCUUGGGCAAUUGGAGACAUUAACAAUGGAGAUGAUGAAUGGGGAGAAGAAAUCAAAUUAGUAGAGCAAGCGGUGCAGGCCAUUAACAAACUAAAUCCUAAACCCAAGUUCUUUGUGUUGUGCGGAGACCUUAUCCAUGGAAUGCCAGGAACUCAAUGGAGAAAGGACCAAGAGCAAGAUUUAAAGAAUGUUCUGAAGAACACUGACCAGGACAUCCCAUUGGUAUUCGUCAGUGGAAAUCAUGAUAUUGGCAAUACUCCAACAAGAGAAACAAUAGAUAAUUAUUGCAAGAACUGGGGAGAUGACUACUUCAGCUUUUGGGUUGGAGGUGUUUUCUUUCUUGUGCUGAAUUCUCAGUUAUACUUCGAUUCUUCCAAAUGCCCUGAGUUAAAGCAAGUCCAGGAUGUGUGGCUCAAUGAGCAACUGGCUGUUGCUGAAAAACAUAAAUGCAAGCAUAUAAUAGUAUUUCAGCACAUCCCUCUGUUUCUGAGAAAACCUGAUGAAGACCACGAUUAUUUCAACUUGGAAAAAUCAGUUCGUCGAGAGAUAAUGGAGAAGUUUCAUAAAGCAGGCAUUAAAGCUGUAUUUUCUGGACACUACCAUAGGAAUGCUGGAGGGUCCUACAGAGGACUAGAAAUGGUGGUUUCAUCAGCAAUAGGAUGUCAGCUGGGAGAAGAUACGCAUGGGCUUCGAGUGGUUGUUGUCACAGAUGAAAAGAUUGUUCAUAGAUACUACAGUUUAAAUGAACUGAGCAGCCAAGGCAUAGAGAAAGAGCUGCUAGAUAUGCUUGCUAAGCAAAAUUAGGCUAUGUCAAAUGAUGUGAUUUUUUUUCCAUAUUGGACAAAUAGAAACAGUUUCCGAAAGUUUCCCUGAGCUGAAGAUACAGAUUUCUCAUUGUGCACCAUGCCCCAGAACAGCUCUCAAUUUGUUAUUAUCCUAAAUAGCAAGAAAUUUGUUGACGUUUCUCCUUUUGAAAAUGAGACCUAUGAGGAAUAUGGAAGAACUCAUUUAUUUCUGUGGACUCAAGGGGUUGGGCAGAGAGGAAAAAAACCAAGUGACCAUGAUUCAUUUUUCAUUUCUCAGCUAGAAGGCUGAGAUAACCCCUAAUGACUCUUAUUAAAUGUGGAAAAUUCGUAUUAGGACACCAGAGCACCCUGUGAAAGUAACCAAAUACUACAUAAUUAAGUACAACAAUUAAGUUCAUAGGUGGAGACCUAUGAACAGGAGACAAAUUACUAAAAAAAAAAGUCUUUGAGAUCAAUCUUGGUUCGCCAGUUUCAGUGUAAGCAACAAAUUUAAGAACACACUUCUUCCAAAUCUUUCCAAAAAAGGUCAUUAAGCCUUGAAUACACUCUGUUUGCAUACUGCUUGCCUUUAGUUCAUUUGGUUCCAGCAUCUAAUCUUGCAAGUUUUAAUAGAGGCAAUAUUUUGAUAGGACUACAGUAUUCAACUUCUGGAGAUUACAGAUGGAAAAUAAAUGCUUGAUGUCUUGUUAAAACUUAAUCACAUUUUAUAUUGGGAAUGGGCAGUAGCAGAAGUAAAGUCUCUUCUACCAUCCC